AUGGUGAACAUCACGGACAAGAUCAAGGAAAAACUUGCUCGUCUGCGUGCUCAACUUCUCGAACCUGGUCCCGGAGCUGGUGGCGCUGCCGGAACUGGUUUCGAUGUGUCCAAAUCUGGUGAUGCUCGAAUAGCACUGGUCGGAUUUCCAUCUGUCGGCAAGUCAACGUUCUUGUCGAAGGUCACGAAAACGAAGUCUGAAGUUGCCGCGUACGCCUUCACGACACUCACAGCCAUCCCUGGUGUGAUGGAAUAUGGUGGUGCGGAAAUCCAAAUUCUGGAUCUGCCUGGUAUUAUUGAAGGUGCUUCGGAAGGGAAAGGCAGAGGUCGACAGGUCAUCUCAGCAGCGAAGACGAGCGAUAUGGUUAUGAUGAUUCUUGACGCUACGAAGCGCGCCGAGCAGCGAUCUCUGCUUGAAGCCGAACUGGAAGCUGUUGGGAUCCGACUCAAUCAGGAUCCUCCCAACAUCUACCUCAAGCCGAAGAAGGCUGGCGGCAUGAAGAUUACUUUCCAGUCACCGCCGAAGUACCUGGACGAGAAGAUGCUGUACAACAUUCUGCGAGAUUACAAGAUCCUCAAUUGCGAAGUGCUUGUGCGAGACGAAAAUGCUACAAUCGACCAAUUCAUCGAUGUCAUCAUGAAGGACCACAGAACAUAUAUCAAAUGCCUCUACGUGUACAACAAAAUCGAUGCCAUCAGCUUAGAGCAUCUCGACAAACUAGCACGAGAGCCACACACAGCAGUCAUGAGCUGCGAGCUGGAUCUUGGCAUUCAAGAUGUCGUGGACAGGGCGUGGGAGGAACUGAGGCUCAUCCGAAUUUAUACGAAACGGAAAGGUGUCGACCCAGUAUUCGAUGAAGCACUCAUCGUCCGGAACAACAGCACAAUCGAAGACGUGUGCGACGCCAUCCACAGGACUCUGAAGGAGAGCUUCAAGUAUGCGCUGGUAUGGGGAGCAAGCGCGCGGCAUAUACCUCAGCGUGUCGGGCUUCAGCAUCCUGUGGCGGACGAGGAUGUUGUUAGCAUUGUCGGUACGAAGAGUGGAUUAGCGGCCAAGUAG